UAAGAUUGCGCAAUAUGAGGUGAGCGGCUUGUGGCAACACCUCUCAAGGACGAAGUUGGAGACUAACUGGCAAUUAGAUCUGAACCACGUAAAUAGACGCGCAGGCAGCGACGCAGGUUAGUUCAGAAGAGAAAGCGAAGAGGAGCUCCUAUGGAGAGUGAAUAUUCGCCCUGGAAAAGUAAAACCGGCGGGGGUGAUGGAGGGCGCCGAGGAGGUGGCGGCGCGGGCACCAUGGCGGCGCCCCCCUCCUCGGCUAUGGUCCAUCUGCUGCCACCCGUGAUGGAGGUGGAGGAGGACGCCCCCCAGCCUGACACCCUGCUGAGGCUCGGGAACACCUGGCCCAGUUGACUCGACAAGGAGGACACGCAGGAUGGAGUUGUGGAGAGGUGGCCGCCGGUGUCUACCUACUGGCCUGCCGCCCCUCAUGCCUGCCCUGCUGUGGACUCCUGCAGCGACCUGGGGGAGAGUGUGGAGGAGGCUUCUGUCACGUGGUGCUCGUCCUCGGGGUACCACAGCCAGGCGCCUCGACCCUUCACUACCACCACCGCCACCAGUGAAGCCAGCCUGAGACUCCCUAUUGGCGGUGAAGAUGAUGAAAGUGAUGAUAGUGAUGAUGACAGCGCCUGGGGAGAGGAUGAGUGGCCCCUGGAACGCCCCCUACCCUUGCCUGAGUGGGGAUGUGGUCGUCCCUCUUUGGUCUUUCCCACCAUGCAGGAUUAUAGAAGGUUCCUAAGCCGUGUGUCCACUCGUCUCCGCCGCGCUCUGGCACUGCAGCCCUACGACUCCGUGUCCAACUUUGUCAUCUCUGGGGCUCCCUCCACCCGGGGCUGCCAGAUCCCGCCACCGUACUCCCUGCGCGGCGCCACAGCUGAAAGGGACGGAGAGAGGGGGCACCAAACCUCCCCUCCUCUGUUUGCAGAAGAGUACAAAGCCUCAGAGUUCUCCAGCCUGCAGGACUUCUACCGCUACUAUGACCCGCCGCUCGUGUCAGGACGGUACACUUGCGUGGGUCUGGCGGCCGACCUCGCUUCCCGGCUUGCAGACCUUGAAGGACACUACCCCGGGUUCAAGGAUUCUAUCUAUCAGGUGUCAUGCGAGGAGGAGGUGACGGAAGAGGAGGUAGCGGACAUCAUAUCCACGGAAGAGCCAAGCCCCUCCGCCUCCUUCAAAGAACACGUGUUACUAUGCGUGCGGAUCCGUGUGGAGGGGCGCGCUGGAGUCGUCCUCUUAGACCCCGGUUAUCACGUGCCUUGUCCUGUAACGGUCAUGGAGGACGGGUUGGCGCCUCACUCCGGCCCUGUUGAAACUGCCACCACCCGCUCAGAUGUCCAGAGAAUUUAUACCUAUCAUUUCCCAUCAAAUUCUUCCUCCUACGUCAUCUGGGAGGUGGAGGAGAAGAGAGGUGGAAAGAGUAAGUGGACGAGGAGUCUUGUACACGUAUCUCGUCCUUAUCUCUCCGGUGUGGAUGUGACGGAAAGGCGUAAUUUAGCCUAUACGUUCAAGACUCUGCUAGGGCGUGAUGCUGCGGGGAAAUUUAACGCUGGAUUGUACUUCGUCAUCAAGCCGUCAUCGUCACCGUCAUCUACCGCCGUCUCCUUCUUCCGCAAAGUCAACGGGGAGAUGAAACACGUGAAGAAAUCUUUGGCCUAUUUCCUCCAGAGCGAAGAGAAGGAAGAGAUAGAUGAUGAGGUGGAAGAAGCGGUGUUGGCGGUGGAGAAUGGAGUAAGGAGAGCAAGAGGUGAAGUCCGCGCUACCCUCAUCACGCUGGCUAACCUUCUGCAAGACAAAGGCUUCUUGGCUGACCUGCUUGAGCUAAAUCGGGCGCUGGAAACCUUAGGGGAGCCGUAAGAAGGGUGCAUAUCCUUGCCUUUCGUAAUCAUCGCGGAAACGUGGCACAUCGUUAACACUUGAAAGUUGAUUUUUUUUUUUCUUAAGGAAAGGAUUGUUUUUUUUUAUUGGUAACACUUGAAGAUUAUAAGGUUUUUUUUUUUAGUGAGAACAGAUUUAUUUAUUUUUUUUUUUUUGUUAACACUUGGAAAUUAUAGUUUUUAAUGAGGAAAGGAUAAAUUUGGUGUCCUAUGGUUAUGAUCUUGAUAAUAUUGUUAAAUUUAAUCAUGUAUCAGAGUAAUGUAUUUUCUUAUCUGGCGUUAAACCUUUGUGCCUUUUUGAUAUGAAUCAUUGCACUUUGAUAUCAACCGUGAAAUUUUUGUAACACAUUGGUCUUUGUUCGUGAUAGAAUAAAUUUUGAUGGAGGA